AUGAAAGCUUCCUUCUGGGCAUCAGAAGAUAACAAACCUGAUUUACUCUGUGGAAAGCAAGCUCACUAUGUGGUCUAUCCAGAAUAUUUCACAAUGCUCCUGUGUAUGACGGUUGUUUGGGGAGGGCUUUUGAAGACAUUUUUUAAGAAUUCUGAAGUCCUCGUUUUGACAAUUCUUUCUCUGUCAGGAUUCGUGGUAGGACAACUGGCCUAUCAUUUUGUUGAGGUGCACCAAAUCGUCUACCCUCUUCUAAGAACACCAAGUUUUGCACUUUAUUCUUAUUUUUCACCUUUAAUUAUAUUUAUGGCUGCUUUGGAUGUGGACUAUUACGUGCUCAAGAACGUGUUCUGGCAGGUCUUGUUAACUGGAUUAGUUAGCUUUGCUACAGCGCUCAUCAUCAUCGGAUAUAUGGUUCUGAAAUUCAAUAAAGCUUCGUGGGAUCUGCAGUCCUGCCUACUCUUCAGCAUCACCCUCAGCGUUACAGAUCCUAUCCAUUCUGUGAAUUCUCUGAAAACUAUUGGCAUUUCUAAAAUGUACACUGAUAUUAUCAGAGGAGAAUCAUUGAUUAUUUGUGGAAUCACAUCCAUUUGUUUUGGAAUUUUUCGGAGCAACUCAAUACAUAUUUCUGAUUUUAGUGAGUUACAUAUCAUCCUGAGGCUCAGCUUGGAUGUUGCUGGAAGCAUAAUAUGUGGAUAUUGGUGUGCAAAAAUCAUUAAGUUUAUAUUGGCUGACCUUUUUAGCAAUACACUGACUAAUCUCAUUCUCUGUUUCUCAAUGGUGUACACGACUUUCUACAUUGUGGAAUUUUUGGGAAUGUCGGGCAUUGUUGCUUUAGUCACCGUAGGACUGAAUUUAGAUUCCUUAACCUUUAAACCAAAGAUCGAGUUCGUAAUUAAUAAGUUCUUACUAAUUUUUUCAUCUGUAUACCAACACUUAAUAUAUGCUUUCUUUGGCAUUGUGAUUGGAUGUGGAGAAAUCAAGUAUUAUAAAUUUCACACCGUAGUCUUCAUAUUCAUCUUAUAUACAACAGUGAAUAUGGUAAGGUUGCUAACUAUUUUGUUAGUGAAGCCUAUUUUGAUGCGUACAAGUUAUGAAUAUAAUUGGCAAUGGGGAGUUGUUAUCACAUGGUCUGGAAUUAAAGGAUUUUUUAGCCUACUCCUAGCUCCGGAUAUUUAUAAUCUGGCUGAACAAAAAGUAGAAGCACCACAUAUGUUUAUACUCUACGUGCAAGUAAUAUCCUUACUGACUAUGGGAAUCAAUUCAUACAUGAUGACUUGGUCAGCCAGCACAUUAGGCUUAUGUGUUAUUUCCCUCCCAAGACAAAUGGCCAUGCAAAAUGUCAUCCAGCAUAUACAGGAGAUGAUACAAAACACCAUAACCUUAUCUAAAACAGAAAAAAUUUUGACAAACGUUAAUUGGACCUUUGUAGAAGAAAAAACAAAGAUUGAAUAUGAAUAUAUCUUUCCUUAUGAUGCUACCCACACUAAACGUAAUGAGAAGUUCCCCACAGAUGAAGUUUUAAUUGAAGAAGCCAGAUUGCAUGUAGCUAUAAUACAAAUGAGUAGCUUUGAAAAACAGUGUACUGAUGGAAUCCUUGGAGCACAGGCAGCCCGCAUAUUAAUUGGUGCAACCAAAAGCUUUUGCCCCAUCCCAGGAAAAUUCAUGAGUAUUUAUGAUGUUUCAUCUUAUGCAGUAGCCAGAAGUUGGCUUAUUAAGUUUAAAAACAUUUUAAGUUUCUUGAAAUAUCCUGAAGAAAACAUACCUUUUCUUUUACCUGGGACUAAUAAAUUUCUGGUGUUUGUAUAUCACAUUGUAUUUUCUGAAGAAUUUAAAUAUGCAGGAUAUAUUAUAUCUGUGUUGUAUAUUUAUCCUAUGAUAAUACAUCUGUGGCCAAUGGCAAGAGAGUUAAAUGUGUCAACACUGAUAUCAUUAAACUACUAUUUUAUAUUUUUAUAUGUAUUACAAGCAGCAUUGAAGAUAAUAAUUUUGAAAAGGAAAUAUUUUCAACACCGCUGGAAUACUUUGGAGUUUUUAAUUAUGACGAUUGGAAUCAUUGAUGUCUUUUGCAUAUACUUUGUCAGAUUGAGGCCAGACAACUUGCUUCUUAUUCAGUUUACAGUAGUAAUGGGGUAUUUUAGAAUAAUUAGAUUUCUUCCUUUGUUCAAGGUAAUAAUACCAAUGCUGGUAGAAGUUGUGGAUGUACAGAUCAAAAAGCGCCUCAACUUGAUAUAUAGUAUUACAAAAGGUUAUGUCAAAAGUCAAGAAGAUGCCAAACUUUUAGUGAAACAAGUUUCUAGCCGUGAAUCAAUAUACCAGAAAAUACAUAAAAUUUUGGAAACCAACAAACGAGAUGCUGUCAGAGAACUAGGACUCAUAGAGCAUGAGGGUCGCGAUGUUGUCAUUGCUUUGAAGACUAAGCAGGCGAUCCGGAAUGUGAUUUCUAAGGCUCUGAAGAAUCUCACCUUCCUUUGGUCAAGAGGCAUUAUUGAUAAACAUGAGGGCAUUGAGAUGAAUAAGGUACUUCUUGGAAAAAUAAAAGCACUGAAUAACUUUCCAAUGGCAAUCCCACCCCCUACUCCUGACAAAUACCUUCAUAAUAUCAUUUGGCUGGAAAAUAAAGAAGUUCUCAUUGAAUUCUUCAAGGAAAGAGCCAAACCUGCCUAUUUUGACUAUGGAGAUAUCAUUUGUAAAGAAGGUGAAAUGCCACAAGGAAUCUACUUAAUUAUUUCAGGAAUGGCAAUUACAGAGUACUGUACUAGUGGGGACAUAAUCGGAGAGUUGAGCUGCCUGCUUAAGCGUGAAAUUGAAUAUACUGCCAUCUGUGAAACGAUUUUACAGGCCUGCUUUAUCUCCCUGGAGGAUUUAUAUGAAGGCUUUGAUGUUUUCUGGCCAUCCCUGGAAUAUAAAAUAUGGCUAAAGCUUGCUCUCAAUACUGCCCAUCAGUAUUUUGAAUCAAGUCUUGCAGAUGAGGACUUAACGUUCCAGAAGUGUGUGCAGUUCAAUCAUGCCUAUGUGGAGACUUUAUCAAGCUAUAAUGAAAUGACUAUUAAUAAUGUGACCAUGAAAUUUGUUAUUAUUGUGUAUGGCAGUGUAAUUGAUAUGAAGACAGAGGAACCAUAUCUUGCACCUUGCAUUUUACCUGAUACCUGCGAGCAGAUUCAGGGAACUUCUGAUUUAAGCAAGCUGCUGGUAAUCCUAGCAUCUGAGCCUGCCAAAACUAUUGAUAACACCAUGGGUAAGGGAUUUCCCUUUAGUGGGAGAAAAACCAUGAAGAGGGAGCUUCAGUGCAUGAAACACUCAUUUAAUUCUGUGAAAGUGAUUUGCAAGGGUAUCAUGUGA